AUGGAAAGUGUUCAGCACGGUGUCUCUGAAUCGACACCGCUCCUACAGCCCAACCUUAAUUGCGACGCUCCAAACAGAAGCCCUCCUAAAAAGAACAGGGUCGAUGAGUGGCGGGCGGCAUGGCGGCGUCACUUUUCCCAGUGGUCAGCUCUGUAUGUCUGCAGUCUUUUCAUCCUGCUCGUCGACGUCCCCAACUUCCUAAGCGAAGUCCCAAAGCUGCGCAUGCUUGAGCUUGGUCUAUGCCGCGACUACUACGCUGCCACUGACCCAAGCGUCAUCGGCCACGAUGGCUCCGUUCCCGAGCAUCUUUGCAAGGUUCAUGAGAUUCAAAGCGCUCUUGCUAAGAUGAGAGGUAUUCUCGGCAUGAUUGAGGGUAUCCCAGGUCUCAUACUCGCUAUUCCCUAUGGCGUCCUGGCCGAUAGUAAGGGCCGUCGCUUGGUCACGGGCCUUAGUUUAUUGGGCUUUGUCCUGAGAGACAUUUGGGCUUUUACUGUACUCUACUUUCAUCAAAUAUUUCCUGUCCGUGCUGUCUAUGCUGCACCGGCUUUCUUGGUGCUGGGAGGCGGAUCUACCGUCAUCAGUCCCAUGAUCAUGGCCAUCAUUGCGGCUGCUAUUCCGGAAGCAUCACGGACACGGGCUUUUUUCUGGGUACAGGUUGUCCUUCUCAUAACUGAGCUAAUUGCGCCACCACUCGGUGCAGUUCUCAUGAAGGCAUUAGGACCGCAUUUUGCUUUCCUCACAGCCGUCCCACUUGAAGCUCUAGCAUUCGUGGUAUUGGGCUUUAUACCCAACACAAGGUCUUCUGACAACGUCCCAAGCGACGUAGAGGGCAUGGAGGGAGACGAGAACCAAUCAGCCAAUGACGAAACAACUAACCAAAAUUCGUCAAAGGUUAAGAUUCUACGGACUCUAUCACAUCUUUCGGACAACAUCCGACACGGUGUUCAUACUUUAGGCAGUCAUAAGAGUCUCCUAGUCGGCCUCCUAGCGCUUGUUGUUGCAAAGAUGGCUCGACCCAUGCUAGAACUGAUCUUGCAAUACAUGUCUGUGAGAUUUGGAUGGCCGCUGGCCAAGACGGCGUUCUUGCUCUCGAUCCAAGCCGCAGGCCAGAUUCUGCUCUUUGCUGUGGUCCUACCGCAAGUCAAUGUUUGGCUCAUCAACAGAAUGAAGACAUCUUCUGCUGCAAAUCUCGCACUGACUCGAGUGUCAAUUCUCUUCCUUGUUGUUGGUUCACUCUGCAUGGGCCUCGCCACUGCUGUUCCGGCGUUUAUAAUUGCCUUCUUUGGAUACACGCUUGGCAAUGGCUUUUCAUCCGCCUUGCGAUCUCUCCUGACAACCAUGGUACAUCCAGAUCAUCUGUCACUCUUGUUCACUGCAAUCGCCGUGUUCGAGGGUAUCUCAACCAUUGGCGCCUCGCCACUCCUCGGACUGUCUUUCUCAGUCGGCUUAGACAUUGGGGGUAUGGCUGUGAGCCUGCCGUUCUUUGUUGCUUCGGUUCUCUAUGCCCUUGCUGCGGUGCUGCUUGUUAGUGGCAUGUCUACGGAGUCUUGCCUGACUGAAGUGUAG